AUGUCUGAAAUCCAAGAAGUAGCAAAUUAAAUCAAAGGGAAGCUGAGAUACAAAAAUGUAAUAUCUGAAUUAACCCAUUAGGAGCAUGAUUUAAUAAUAUAAUCCUUUAUGUUGGGAAUUUUGCAAGGUAGAAAUAAAUAGGCUUCAUAAGACGUAUUUCUAUCAAAUUUAGAAAUCAUUAUGAGCUUGAACUUGCUAAUAGACAUUAAAGUAUACAAACCUGAAAGAGUCUAUAAGCUAUACAAUGAUGCAUUGAGAGGACCUUUCGAUGUAUUGACUUAUAUUAAGGUUCAAGUUAAACGAACUAUGUAUUUAAUUGGNUUAACUAAUAUUAUAAAUUGAUUCUGAUGUUGACAAUAAUUAGAUGUUUUCAUUUAAGUGCAAUCAAUUUGUUAAGGCUUCAAAAAACAUAAUGAAAUAUUUGAUAGAAAAGGAAAAAUCCAAUUAAAUUCAAUAAAACAUAAUGAAUAGUUCAAGAGGAAGAGCCUCUAUUCUAGCAUUAGAAAACAAUAAGACGAAAAUAAAUAAUAAGGAUAAGAGAAAAAAUGGGAUUCAAUUAUUAAGAGUAAGAGUAAGCAUAAAUUAGUAAAGGAGAAAAGAGUGCUUAGAUUAUCAGAAAACUAUUUUAAUUAAAAUGAAGAAGAAUUUAAAUAAAGAAAUAGAAAUAGAAUUAGAAUUGUUGAAUUAUAAUUUAAGAAAAUAGAUAUUUAAUAAAUCAGUUUUAUCGAAGUAUGGGAUUACUUAAAAUUAUCAUAACAUGUAAAGGAGCAAUUAUAAUUUUUAGAGCUUAGUUGCUCUCUAUUGAAAAACUAAUAGGCUGUUUUACUGUUCAUCUUAAAAUACACGUUUGAUGAGUGA